CAGCUCGUCAUGUCGCGCUACCCCGACUACCUCUCGCCGUCCGCUGCACCGGCCAAGCUGUCCAAGGCCCAGAAGUCGCGUGCGCGACGUGAGCCCUCGGGUGUCUUUUCGCUGUUCGAGCCGCAGCAGAUCCAGCAGUUCAAGGAGGCGUUUCAGCUCAUCGACCACGACAAGGAUGGCUGGGUCACUGAGCCAGAUCUUCGAGAGCUGUUCACCAGUCUGGGCAUAACGCCUUCCAAGACGAUGAUCGACGACCUGCUGAGCGCCCGGCCUGGUGGACGGGGUCAUAGCAGAAUGUCGUCGGCAUCGAUGGCUGAACCUGCUUCGGGCGAGAAGGGGAUCAACUUCACGAUGUUCCUCACCAUGAUGAGCGAGCGUCUGUUCGAGUUUGAUCCUGAGAACGAGCUGCAAGAGGCAUUUGAGUGCUUUGACGAAGAUGACUCUGGGUCGGUCAAGGUGAACGAGAUGCGCAAGUGGAUGAGCGAGGUCGGGGAAAGGAUGGAUGAGAAAGAGGCGCAAUAUCUCAUCUUGUGCAUACAGAUCGACAAGUUCCUGAAGAGCUCAUUUGCAGACCGUCAGGGCAACUUCAACUACCGUGAAUGGAUCAAGGUGCUCCGAGUGAACGAUGAGGGCGAAGAGGCAGAGGCAUCAUGAUUGCGCAGUGCAUUUCCUGUAUUUUACCCAUUACGUUGUAUAUUGUUUUGCUAACGAACACCAUGAAGCUCAC